GGCCUCAUUAGCCUCAUGCAGCAGCAAAACUCCGUUGCAAUUUUAUCCGGUGUUCAUUUGCUAAACAUGUGCAUUACUGCAAACAUUGUAGUAGUACUGUUGUCAGUACUGGUCGGACCCACCCUUGGGGCCAACAUCUUGUGUCUAACGCCAGUUCCUAGUCCCAGCCACCACAUCUGGAACCGAGCAUGGAUGGAAGCCCUGGCAGCCCGAGGACACAACUUGACCAUCGUAUCGGCCGACGUGGAACAGGCAGCGAGUCCCAACAUGACUUACAUCCAUCUGGAGCAGGCGUACUCGUUCCUGGCCGAAGCCCUAGACCUGUACGAAAUGGCCAACGCGAACGCCUUCGGUGGAGCUCGCAGUGUCUACGCUUGGGGCUUUGGCAUGUGCAAGGGAGUGUUGAGUUCACGAGGGAUGGACCAGAUCAUGAGCUAUCCGGAUAGUUUCCGCGUUGAUUUGGUGGUCGCCGAUGUAACUCUGGGGCCGUGUAUGUUCGGGUUGCUUCGAAAAUUUGGCAAUCCACCGGUAGUGGGUGUGACCGCGUACAACAACCCGUCGUUCACCACGGACUUUGUCGGGGGCCACAAACAUCCGUCCUACGUUCCGUACGUGAUGCUAAACUACGAUCAUGACAUGAGUUUUUUCGAGCGAAUGUACAACUACAUCGUUUACAGCUACGAUCAUUACUACCGCCACAACGUUUAUCUCCCCAAAAUUGACGAAAUGAUGCAUCAAUAUUACAAAUCAGAAAACAUGGAAAGUGCCUUUGACUUGGAAAAACGGAUUAUGCUCCUGCUAGCAAACUACCACUUCUCGGUCGACUUUCCCGAGUCGGUUCCACCGAACCACGUUCCGGUCGGUGGACUUCAGGUUCGCACCAAGCCCAAACAACUACCAGUGGAUCUCAAAACUUUCAUCGAAGCAGGCCGGAAGGGUUCUGUUCUCUUUUCUUUGGGAACAAACGUGCAGAGCAGUGGACUUGGGAAUCGACUUCGGAUGUUUUUGGAUGUGUUUCGACAAUUUCCACAGUACAACUUUUUGUGGAAGUUUGAAACAGAAAUUGAGUGUGAUCUUCCGAAUAAUGUGAUGUUAAAGAAGUUUCUACCUCAAAAUGAUAUUUUGGCACAAUCAAACAUCAGAGCAUUUAUCACGCACGGAGGAAUGCUGAGUACGCACGAAGCCACGUGGCACGGCGUUCCGAUGGUUGGAAUUCCGUUCAUUGCGGAUCAAUAUCGGAACCUUCACAAAUCUGUUCGAGCUGGAGUGGCAAUCAAACUGGAUCAUUCCGCAUUGACUGCGGAAAAAGUUCGAACAGCUUUGGUGGACAUUUUGGAAAAUCCAUCUUAUCGACAGAACAUGAAGCAACGAUCCGCACUGUUCCGAGAUCAACCAGAGCUGCCACUGAAUCGUGCCGUAUGGUGGAUUGAAUGGGCCCUACGUCAUCCCAACUGCAAAUCAAUUCAAUCCCCAAGCAAGUGGAUGAGCUCGUGGACAAGUGAGCUGUACGAUGUAAAGUGUACUUUGCUUUUCGGUUUCAUUGUGGUUGUGUGGGUCUUGAAAUCAGCGUUGAUGAAGAUUUUAUCAGCGGAAACGAGGAAGCUCAGUGAUAAGAAACGACAGUAGAACAGUGAUGAUGACGAGCAAAAAAUCAAGCUUGGUUGAUAGCGAAACACGUGAAUUUAAUCUAGCUGUAAACCACCCUUGUAAGAAAAGAAGAUUAAAUUUCAAUUGACAAUAACUUCAUCAUCAUAGCCAAGCGAAUAGUUGUAGAAAAAAUAUAUUGUGAAUAAAAUAUAAUUGAACAAUUUAAACCACUGA